CUGCAGCCAGUUGCAGCUCUGCUCAGUUAAAGACAGGACUCUUCUCCAAAAAUGCAGGUUGAGGAAUACAACCGCAGAGGUAAGGAGCUGGUGGACUACAUCACAAAGUAUCUGAGCUCGAUCAGGGAGAGGAGAGUCAUCCCAGACGUGAAACCCGGCUACAUGCGGGAGCUGCUUCCCGAAGCCGCGCCGACCGAACCAGAGGACUGGGAGGACAUCUUCAACGACGUUGAGAAAGUCAUCAUGCCCGGGGUGGUUCACUGGCAGAGCCCUCACAUGCACGCCUACUACCCCAGUCUGACCUCAUGGCCCUCCAUGUUGGGGGACAUGUUGGCCGACGCCAUCAAUUGUGUGGGAUUCAGUUGGGCCUCCAGCCCAGCCUGCACAGAGCUGGAAAUGAAUGUGAUGGACUGGUUGUGCAAAGCGCUGGGGCUUCCCUUUUUCUUCCUGCAUCAUCAUCCUGACAGCAUGGGUGGAGGUCUGCUGCAGAGCACCGUCAGUGAGGGGACGCUAGUUGCUCUUCUGGCGGCCAGGAAGGACAAAAUCCUGCAGCUGAAGGCCGAGCUGGACCAGGAAGUGGACGACUCGGUUCUCAACUCAACGCUGGUGGCCUACGCUUCAGACCAGGCCCAUUCGUCGGUCGAGAAGGCAGGUCUGAUCGCUCUGGUGAAGAUCAGGUUUCUUCCCCCAGACGAGAAGCUGUCACUGAGAGGAGAGACUCUGAAGCAAGCCAUUCAGGAGGACAGGAGAAGGGGCCUCGUUCCCUUUAUGCUGUGUUCAACUCUAGGAACGACAGGAGUGUGUGCAUUCGACAAGCUCUCCGAACUGGGACCAAUCUGUGAAGAAGAGGGACUGUGGCUUCAUGUUGAUGCUGCCUAUGCCGGCUCAGCCUACUUCUGUCCAGAGCUGCGCUGGUCCCUGGAGGGCAUCGACUUCGCACAGUCUUUUGUUUUCAACCCUUCGAAGUGGAUGAUGGUUCACUUUGACUGCACAGCUUUCUGGGUAAAGGACAAACAUAAACUCCAGCAGACCUUCAGUGUGGAUCCCGUCUACCUCAGACAUGAAAACUCGCGGGCAGCCACAGACUUUAUGCACUGGCAAAUUCCCCUCAGCCGGCGUUUCCGAUCUCUGAAGCUCUGGUUCGUCAUGCGCUCCUUUGGGCUGAAAAACCUCCAGGCUCAUGUCAGACAUGGGAUUGAGAUGGCGAAACUCUUGGAGUCUCACAUAAGGAGUGACCCAAAUUUUGAGGUUCCUGCUGAGAGACAUCUCGGCUUGGUGGUUUUCUGUCUGAAAGGAGGAAACGCUUUGACCCAGGAGCUGCUGAGGAGACUGACCCGUUCUGGCACCAUGUACCUCAUCCCAGCAGAAAUCCACAUGAAACGCAUCAUUCGGUUCACGGUGACGUCACAGUUCACCACGGCGGAAGACAUCCUCAAGGACUGGGCCUUUAUUUCUAAAACUGCUGACACUCUGCUCACUGAGAAGCUCGGCUUCAACAAAGCUGGCCAGCUGAGAUCCGGCGUGCAAAAGGCUCCAGGGAAAGAAGGGAAUCCAGAUCCCCACCUGGACGCCAUGGCUGACGAAAAGGAAGACGUGGUCACCCAGCUGGAGAAGGCUCAGAUAGAUCUGUGGAUCGACAAAGCUUGGAAUCGACCCAGGAGGCCGAUGCGCUCCCUCAGCUGCAGCAGCGAGCCUCUGCCCUACUGGGCGCUGUUUAGCUUUGACUGUGAAACGACACCUGGUCUGCAGGACGGAGCGCACGGCCUCCCCGUGCCGUCAGCCACAGAAUCCGGCCCUAUGUCGACGAUCGCCGAGAUGCCUUCGAGUCUUCCGGGGAAACAGGUCCUGAAAAAGCUGACAAAGUUCUACAGUGUUCCCAGUUUCUGCAACCAGUGGGCCCAGUGCAGCAGACACCCGCUAAACUGCCCUCUGAAGGUGGCGCACACCGGUCAGAAAGCCCUCUCCUCCAGCUGCAGGAGGGUGAACCUCAUGCUCUCUUCCCCUGCUGCAAACUCGCCUCCUACCUCUCCACUGGAAAGUGCCAAUGGUGCCGAACCUCAAUAACUCUCAAAUCAACGAACGGCAGUUCAGUCAGCUCGCAACCUUCAAUAAUGUCGACAAAAAUACAUUUUUUGUAAGCUUUGUGUCUUCUUUGUUUUUAUUUCCAAUAAAAGUACACCCCGCUCACCGUUUCUGUGUUUCACUCUGGUUUUCUUCCUCACCGAGUCGUAGAUGGAGCUAUUACUAGCACUAACUGCAAGCAUACAUGUUCUUUUGUUUCUCAGUUAUUAUAGAGCGUACUUUGUUUAUUUCUUUAUACAAUACAAAGUACUUCAGACUUAGGUUAUCUGAGUUUAGCCAGUUAUUUUUUUGUUUGGUUGUUUGAGUUGUCUGAAUUGAGUCACAGCUCAAACUUCUAAUGCCAUUAACUAUAUACCAUAACACUUUGUGUUUCAUUAUCAUAGAAAGGACUCCUGGAUCAAUGCCACUGCUAUCAACCUUUUAUUUAUUUUAAUUGAGCCAGAAAGCUGACAUGUACCUUCUAUACUUUUACUUUUACUGCAUCAAAGAAAGUAUUUCUAGUUCAGUUUUUUGUGUCUAGUCUCUUUUUUACUGACAAAGCUAUUGCUACCAACAACUAAAUAUAGAUACUCUAAUUUUUAUUACUGUAGAAGGUAACCCUGGUUUUGCAGUUCUGUUUAGUUGUGUGGAAAUUUAUUUAUCUUUUUUUUUUUUUUGACUAAGCUGUUGAUGGACGAUUG